AUGGAAUCUGAGAAACCAAAUUUUGGUGCAAUAAUGGUUUACUUCUCGAAGCCAUCAUGGGCUUUCCUCGUUCUUCUUUUUACAGCAAUAGCAAUUCUCUCUCUUCAAAUCUCCACAAAAACUAUCCUUCCUUUUCAACUAUUUCCCGUGUCCGGAGCACCGAAACAGCCCGACAUCGCAUCCGGUUCCGACCACGGAAGUUGCGCCGGGUUUUUCGGGGAGUUGCCGCGGAGAAAACAUGUUAUGUCGAUAAAGGACUUCGGGGGAGUUGGAGAUGGGGAAACGUCAAAUACGGAUGCGUUUAGGAAGGCGUUGGUUUACAUGCAGCGGUUUAGUGAGAAAGGUGGGGCUCAGCUCAAUGUGCCCGAAGGGAGGUGGCUAACCGGAAGCUUUAAUCUUACCAGUAAUUUCACGUUGUUUCUCGAACAGGGUGCUGUUAUUUUAGGCUCUCAGGUCCCAGAGGAAUGGCCUAUUGUAGAGCCAUUGCCUUCUUAUGGUAGAGGGAGAGAGAGAUUGGGAGGAAGACACAUAAGCCUUAUUCAUGGAGAUGGUCUUACCGAUGUUGUCAUCACAGGACAGAAUGGGACAAUUGAUGGUCAAGGUAGGAUGUGGUGGGAAUUAUGGUGGAACAGAACGCUAAAGAAUACAAGAGGCCACCUCUUAGAACUAAUGAACUCUCAUAACGUUCUUAUCUCCAACCUAACCUUCCUCAAUUCUCCAUUUUGGACCAUUCAUCCUGUUUACUGCAGCAAUGUUGUUAUUAAGGACAUGACAAUAUUGGCUCCGCUUAAUGCCCCAAAUACAGAUGGAAUAGACCCAGACUCAAGUACCAAUGUAUGUAUUGAGGAUUGCUAUAUCGAGAGUGGAGAUGAUCUUGUAGCAGUGAAGAGUGGAUGGGACCAGUAUGGCAUCACCAUGGCACGACCAAGCUCAAACAUUAUAGUGCGGAGAAUUUCGGGCACCACGCCAACGUGUUCUGGUAUUGGCAUUGGUAGCGAGAUGUCUGGAGGGAUUUUUAAUGUAACUAUUGAAGAUAUGCAUGUUUGGAAUUCGGCAGCUGGGGUGCGUAUAAAAACCGACAAGGGUAGGGGGGGAUAUAUUGCAAAUAUCACGAUAAAUAAUAUAAAAAUGGAACGAGUCAAAAUACCCAUUAGGUUCAGUAGAGGCUCCAAUGAUCACCCUGAUGACGGAUGGGAUCGUAAAGCUAUUCCUAAAAUAGAGGGGAUAUUCAUCAGUAAUAUUUUUAGUUUGAAUUCAACAAAAGCUCCAGUACUGGCUGGUGUCCAGGGUGCAUCAUUUGAAGGGAUAUGCUUAAAGAAUGUUACGCUACUUGGCCUUGCAUCAACUGCAACAUGGCACUGUGAGUUUGUUUCAGGUUGUACCAGUGCUGUGUUUCCAUUGCCAUGUCCCCAGUUGCAGAACAAUGGCUCUUCACCAUGUUGCUUGUAGGCUCAAUUUUGUGGUGAGUUCCUGAGUGCAUAUGGAAAUUUCAGGUUUAAAUUUCUUUUCACAUGGAUGCUUUGAACAAAUUGGACUUUAAGGUGAAUCAAUUCACAACAUGAUUAGUUGGCUUCGGUUGUUCACAUGAAUUUUCCUCUCUUUCAAAGUGAGGAGGUAUGAAGUUGGGGUGUUAAAAGCUGCAGACUAGAGGGGCUGCUGAUUGUGUUAGCAACCUGCAAUUUUGUCGAAGAUAUAAGUUAUUGAGGCAGUUGGACUUGCCUGGGUGGACGAUUUGUCUGGUGAUAACUGGAUUUUGAAGAUAGCUUUUCUUUUGAUAUUUCAUCUUAUACUUUGAAAAUUUAUUACUCAACAACACUUAGGUUGUACAUGAAAAGGUUCACUGAACCCCUGGAAAGAAAACCUAACAUCUUUAGAGUCCUCAAUAGACAGAGAACAUGUACAAAGAACUCGUAUAAUUCAUUUCAUUAUUGUAAAGUUACAUUACUAUUGUGUUUUCA